UGUGAUCAUUGCAUACUCAUAGUAACUAAUAUCACGUGAUCACAGAACAUGUGUUCCUGCAUUUUCAUUCAUUCGUACACGACUCGUGUGUGCGGCAUGAAUAUAUAUCAACAAUGCAUGUCAACGACAAUUAGACAAUCGUGGACUGCCUGACUGACGAAUUCGAAGUUGAAAGUGAACAGUUUAAAGUUCAUUAUCGCGACCAACAACAUCUGCAAAGAUGCAGUCCAAAAAUCUUUUGAUGCGUCUCCUGAAUCUGUCCCUCCAUCAUGGAAGACUUCAGAAGAUGUGCUGUGGAGAACAAAUUCCAAGACUCUCCAAAACCAAUCAAAGAUUACCAGAUUUGAGCAAGAGAACAAGACAGUUCCAUUUUACUGCUCGUGGACAAAGUACUACAGAUGAUUCUGCAGGUGAGGAAGAUGCAGCUAGAAGCGAUGCAUCUGCAAAAAGAGAGAGUUAUCUGGAAGCAAGGAGAAAGGGUGUCCUGAUGGGUCGACGAAGACUCUCCCCGAUGGAAAGAGUAGGUGGUAUGCUAGAAACCAAGACAGAUUUUGGAGUCCAAGAUCUUACUAGGGAUCUCAGAACUUCUGGCAACAGAGAUGCUAAAGUUGUAGAAAAAGUUGAUGAUGAUGAAACAGAUUCAUCUCGGAUAAGUGACCACAACCAUGAGGAAAGCUUUGAAACCUCAGUAUAUGGUGAUAGUGUCACAGGAGGGAACCACUUUGAUAAAACCCAGCAUCGGGGACCACCACUUGUGGAUGGGGAAUACAUCAUCAUCACUAGAGAGAACUUGAAGAGGCAGGAGAAACUGGUUCGCCUUAUCAAGCUUGAUGCCAGGCUGGAAUUCAAGUGCAAGUUUGGUAACCUUCUGCAUGCUGACAUCAUAGGGCACCAGGGGGGCAGUGUCUUUGCCACUGAUAUGGACAUUGAGCUGUUGAUCAGGAGACCAAGUCUGGAUGAGUUUGUGCUCUACAUGAAGAGGAAUCCAGUCAUUGCAUAUCCAAAGGAUUGCUGUACGAUGCUUAUGAUGAUAGAUGCUUGUCCUGGUGAUGUGGUCCUAGAAGCAGGUUCAGGGUCCGGAUCUAUGACAUUGUUUUUGUCUCGAGCAGUUGGACACCAUGGCAAGGUUCUCUCCUUUGAUAAAUUACCGACUCAUCAGGUGAGAGCAGAGAAGAACUUAAAACUCUGGCAGACAUCAUAUGACAUCAGUAAUCAAGUCAAGUGGCCUCAAAAUGUAUCAUUUUACCCAUGCAGAUUACAGGACUGUGGAGAGUACAUCAAAGAUGCUCAAGUGGAUGGGGCAAUCAUUGACAUGGAGUCGCCUUCUACAGUGAUGACCACUAUGUCUCAGAGACUCAAGUCAGGCAAGGCAAUGGCUGUAUAUGUUGCAAAUCUAACUCUGGUGAUUGACCUAGCCGAGGUCAUUCGCAAAGAGAGACUUCCGCUCGUCACGGAGACCAUCCUGGAAGUCACUCACAAGGAAUGGGUCGUCAACCCAGCCAGGAGGCAUGCUGGGAUUGUUCUUCAAGAGUCCAAGACAGCAGACGGAGAGGAGUUCGGCGAUGACGGGGUGGUAGGAAAGGGCAAAGGUGUGCAGUACAUAGCAGAUGAAAUACCCAAAUACCUUGCCAGGCCUCACCACAUUCAGUCAUCUCACACUGCAUUCUUGGUGAAAAUAAGGAAAAUCAGGAAAUCUUCAUCAACGUUCAAGGUUUGAUGUUUACGAUGAAGAAUAAUUAACAUCAGGCAGCUUAUGAUGGAUUUUGUAAUAUCAGAUAUAAAUCUAUUUUAAUCUUUGAUAUAAAUAAACAUAGAAAUAUUAAAAACUUUCAUAAAUUUGAUAAAUUAUUGUAGCACACAAUGUACAUCAUUCUGAAUGGUAUAUACAGAAACAGUCUAUGUAUUACUAUGAGCAUGAACUAAAAUUGUUACCAGGAGGAAUAAUUUACGGUAAGUUAGUAAUGAAGUUUAAAAUCCUUUAAAAAAGGGAGAAAAACUUGUAGUUACAAUAAUAUUCACUUUGGCAUAACAUUUUAUCUGCUUUAUUUAUCAUCUUUACAAAUAUCUCUAAGCUCCUUUUUUGUAAUUAAUAGUUUAAUUCUCUAUACGAUUUGGAUUCAAAGAUAAUUGUGAAGUUGUAAGUAAAUAAACUUGACUAACAUA